AUGAGCAAAGAGCUAAAGUCGUACAUGCUGAAAGCAAUGAAGGAAUAUCAGCACUAUUUUGAAAGGACAUCAACGAAAAAUUGCUACUUGGAGGAUAACAUCAGCUUGAUUAAAGAUUUAAAAAUCAAGGAGGACAACGGCUACAAUGAAGAUAUUUUUUUGAAAAUACAAAAGCAGUUCCACAUGUACGACUUUUUCAAUCUAUCUUUGUUAUUCCCGGUGAAAUUUUUCAACAAAAAUGGAAAGACCUUAGUGCAGUUAAUAUCAGAAGAUACCACUCAAAACGACUUGGAGUUGAUACAGGCUGUUAUUAAGAAUAUAGAGCAUAACGAACUGAACAGAUUAAAUUUUUUCAACAUAGAAAAUAUAAUUUUUGAGCUAUUAGACGAAAUAAUAAGGCAAAUAACUGUAGAGUGCCCAAAGCGCGGCUUCGCCUUGCUAAUGAUCAAUAACGAAAUACAAAAGAAUAUUAACUACUACAAAAAUUUGAUUGACAUCAUAGAGCACAAUAACAACAUGAACAACCAGAAUUUUAAAGAACAGUUGCAGCAGCAUCAGUUAUUUCUUGACGAACUGGAAGCCGAAGAGAUCGAAUUGAAGGAAAAGUUUCUCGACUCGAAGAACGAACUGCAACUUUUGAAGAAGUAG